AUGAGAGGAAUUUCGGCCGAUGGUGGCGUUAUUACCAUUCAAGGAAACAAAAUUUUUGAAAAUUGGUUUUGGGGGAUAACUUUGAAAACCCGAACAACUGGCAAUGUACAAAAUAAUGAAGUCUUCAGCAAUAAAUGUGGUGGAAUACGUGUUGGGACAAACUAUUCAGCGCGAAUCCUCAUAGAUAGUAAUACAAUACGCGAUCAUCCAGGACCAGCCCUACAUACAGAGGUUCUUCGACCAGAGACUAAAAGGCUGUUAAAAGAUAUGUCAAUCCAAUCAAAAAUUCAGGAAGGAAUGCCUCAGGACAAAGUAACAUUGUAUAUCAGUCCCCCAAUGUUAACAGACAGGAACAUAAUUCGGAAAAAUGGAGUUGGAAAGCUAUUAAAAACAAAUCCCUUAGAAAUAUGUGCCAAUUGUCACAGCAAGGGUGACCUGCUAAAAUGCACCAAAUGUCGCAAGACACAGUAUUGCGGUAAAGCGUGUCAAAAACAACACUGGAAUAAACACAAACGUAUUUGCAAAAUUAUUUCAGGUGAAUCUUCAGUGGUAAUUAAAAUGAAAGAAACCAAAACUUCAGCUGGUCUGACAGAUGCAACAUCAUUCUGCAUACGCAUUUUUGAUCCAUCUUUAAAAGGUAUUGGUGAAGGAAUACCUCCUGACCCUGAUUCUACCCAGAAGUUUGUUGUAAAAGUUCAGGCAGGGAAUGAAGCAAGACUAUACGAUCCAGAGGCGAUGAUAUCACUCUAUGACCAAACUGUACAGUUAGACAUAUGGCUUGUCAGUCCAACACUCUACCAUAUAGUCAUGGAAUGUGGAACACUUGGAGCUAACCAGUUCACAAGUAAAAAGGUGUACUUCUGGGCAAACUAUGAAAAGAAGGGUGAAGUACUUCGCAUUCAUAUUGAUGAUUUCCCCCCAACGCCAACUUGGUGAUUACAAUAUGAACUCAGAAGGAAUUGCCCUUUGCGAUUUUGGCUUAGCUUUUAAAAAACUCUUCAUGUUUACAGGCCACCUAUAAAGUUUUAAUCACUUUGGUUUAUAUUAUU